GCGUGGCUGCUGGGGGACGCACGAAUGAAAUCUUAAGAUACCGCAGCAGUGUGGAUCUUCAACUUCGCUUAGCUGCUGGGGAGUAUGAGCCGAUGAUUUAUAUUUCAGAUUUUUGGCUUAUAGAAAAAAACUUUAUUCCUAUUAAUGACACCCUCGUUGAGGAGCCCCCUAAACUAACUGUCUCCUUUGGAGUUGGUAGCGUGCAUGCGUGGCUGCUGCAGUCGCAGAUGGCUGGGGUGCAGCAGCAGCAGCAGCAAUUAGGGCUGCAGAGCGAAAGAGAAAGUUUUAUGUUUAAAAGAAUAUUAUUAGAGACAAAUCCUUUUAUGCUCGCUUUCUCGGAUAUGCAGUUCUGGUAUAAGAAUGAGUCGAUGGAGGGACUCUCCGCUGCGUCUCUAAUAUUUGGAUUUGCAUGCGAAGAGACAUCGUGGCUGAUUCUCUUCGAAGUCCUCAUCGGCAUUGCAAUAUCUGGAUGGAAGCUGACGAAGGCAAUGAAGAUAGAAAGAACAAAUAAGUUUCCUUUCAUUAAAUUAUCUUUUACUCGUAGUUAUGCAGAGUCUGCAACCAAAGAUUAUGAUAAAACAGCUAUUACCUACGCUAGCAUUGCUCUCGCUCCUUGUCUAGUCGGGUAUGCGGUGUACGCGCUGCUGCACAACAAAUAUAAAUCGUGGUACUCUUAUAUUCUUUCUGUCCUUGCAGGCUCCGUAUACACCUUCGGUCUUUAA